AUGCCUGGUGGCAUUGGCAGCUACGGAGGGUCCAAUGACGACGACGACGACGGGAACUUCAUCCGUUAUGGUCGGAUUCCGCAGCGCGUGCCACGACGGUACAAAACUACGCGUCGGGUAGCUUUGCGGGAAGGGCAUUACGUCGUAGAAAAUGACGUACCCGAAAAGCUCCUCGAGUUGUGCCAGAACCGCACCGACCGCGAGUUCACCCAUAUGCGGUAUACGGCGGCGACCUGCGAUCCGAAUGAUUUCCAGUCUGAAGGUUUUGGUCUCCGGCAGUUGGAGUAUACUCCCGGGCGGCGAACCGAACUCUUCAUCGUCAUGACUAUGUACAACGAAGAUGAGGAACUGUUUUGUCGGACGAUGCAUGGUGUUAUGAAGAAUAUCGCGCAUUUAUGCUCAAGGACAAGGAGUCAAACAUGGGGAAAAGAUGGAUGGAAGAAAGUGGUUGUGUGCAUUGUUAGUGAUGGACGGAAGAAGAUCAACUCGAGAACGCUUAGUGUCAUCGCUGCUAUGGGUGUCUACCAGGAGGGUAUUGCUAAGAAUAUGAUCGACGAGAAGCCCGUCACCGCCCAUAUCUACGAAUACACCACACAAGUUUCUAUGACACCGUCUCUCAAGCUCGAAGGUGCGGAGAAGAAGCAUGUUCCCGUUCAGAUCAUUUUUUGCUUGAAAGAGCAGAACCAAAAGAAAAUCAACUCCCAUCGGUGGUUCUUCAAUGCGUUCGGUCCUAUCCUUAACCCCAAUGUUUGUGUUCUCCUUGAUGUAGGCACUAUGCCGGGUGUCACCAGUAUCUAUCAUUUGUGGAAGGCUUUUGAUAUUAACUCUAAUGUUGGAGGUGCCUGCGGCGAGAUCGUUGCAUUGAAGGGCAAAUGGGGCCGGAACCUCAUCAAUCCUUUGGUUGCUGCUCAGAACUUUGAGUACAAGAUGUCCAACAUUCUUGACAAGCCUUUGGAAUCUGUCUUUGGUUACAUCACUGUCUUGCCUGGAGCGUUCAGCGCAUAUCGGUACAUCGCCUUGCAGAAUGAUGCCAAAGGUGAAGGACCGCUGCAGAAGUACUUCCUUGGAGAGAAGAUGCAUGGUGCCGGAGCUGACAUCUUUACGGCGAACAUGUACCUCGCUGAAGAUCGUAUCCUUUGUUGGGAACUGGUAUCGAAACGGGGCGGCGCAUGGAUUCUUCACUACGUCAAGUCAGCCUACGCUGUCACCGAUGUACCCGAUACGGUUGCGGAAUUGAUAUCCCAGCGUCGUCGAUGGCUCAACGGUUCCUUCUUCGCUGCUGUGUUCAGUACUCUGCACUUCUACUACAUCUAUCGGAGCUCGCACACGUUCUUACGCAAAUUCUGGAUCCACGUUGAGAUGUUUUAUCAGUGCUUUAACCUGAUAUUCAGUUGGUUCGCUUUGGCUAAUUAUUACAUCGCAUUCGUCAUCCUCUCUGACGCCAUGGAAGAUACGAGCUUUGGUCUUAAGGGCAUUCAUGUCUUCAACGACAUCAUCAAUUAUGUCUACCUCGGUCUUGUGAUAAUGUGUUUCCUUCUCGCGUUGGGAAAUCGACCCCAAGGAAGUAAAUGGGGGUACACCGGGGCUUUUCUUGGAUUUGCGAUGAUCACAGUCUACAUGACGUUCGCCGCUUUCUUCCUUGCUAUCAAAGGAAUUGAAAAUAUAUCAGAAUCCGAAGGAAGCUUGAACCUGAACGAUCUGUUUACGAAUUCCAUAUUUAGAAACAUCGUGCUCUCACUGUUGGCUACGCUUGGAUUGUACUUGAUCUCAAGUUUAAUUUUCUUUGAACCUUGGCAUAUGAUCACCUCUUUCAUCCAGUAUCUUCUCAUGGCACCAUCUUAUAUAUCAGUUUUGAACGUUUACGCUUUCGCCAAUGUCCAUGACGUCUCGUGGGGAACCAAGGGUGAUAACAAAAUCAGCACGGAUCUUGGUGUGGUCAAGAAGGAGUCGGACACGAAUGAGGUGUCGGUGGAUGCGCCGACGACGCCGGAGGAGCGCAACGCGGCAUACGACGAUGCGCUGCACGUGUUGAGCGCCAAGCCACCCAAGCUAGAAAGCAAGCCGGAUGUGUCGACACAACAAGAGGACUAUUACCGGACGUUCAGGACUAAUGUUCUUCUUGCUUGGACAUUGUCGAACGCGCUUUUGGGAGCCGCUAUUGUGUCUGCGAAUAGUAAAGCCUCAGAUACGAGUGCUGCUAAUAGCGUGAAAGGUUAUAUGGCGUUUAUAUUGUUUUCUGUUGCCGGGCUUGCGUUUGUGCGGUUUGUGGGGGCGUCGACGUAUCUGAUCAUUCGUCUGUUUGCUGGAGAGUAG